AUGACAGAGGUGAUGAAACAAUGCAAUUUGGAAAAGAACAGUACUUUUAAAUCAUAUCUUGUCACAGUUGAUGCAAAACAAGAAUGGGAUUUUAUUAAAAACAUCUACGAUUUUAAGACUGUUUGGGUCUCUGGUAGAGACAUCGAAGGGAAUGGGAAUUACACCUAUUCAAGUGGACCACAAACCAAUCAACCAUUAUUUAAUAUGUAUACUGGUCAAUGUUGGGGUAUGUCUAUUAAAAGAUAUUGUCCAUUCAAUGCAGGUGAACCAUCUUUAACUCUUGCUGCAGGAGAGGAUUAUAUUUACAUCAAAGGACCAAACUGGAAUUUUAAUACUGCCAAAGGUUCUAAUGAUCUAGUUUAUACAGCAUAUUGUGAAAUACAACCUAUUAAAGAGGUAUAUGUUCCAUCAAUUGGUACAAAUGGAGGAUCAAUAACAAUCAACAAUCUAUCACAAUUCAACAUUUCAACAAUCAACAUUACAUUUUCCAAUCCAACCAAACAACUCUCGAAAUCAUGUAAUAUAACAUCAAAACAAGAAACAUCAAUCACUUGUAUAGUUCCACCUCUAUCUGGACUUUACAAUGUCACUGUUCAAGAUGCUAGUGGAGUCAAGUCAACACACUAUGCAUGGCAACCAUAUCCACCAUUUAUUAAAGCUGUCUAUCCAUCAUUCACUGCUAAUGGAUCGAUUACACUGAUUGGUGAUAACUUUGGUGAUAACACAAACAAUCUAGUAUUUGUUAAUGUUUCAACAUCUAAUAUUCCAUGUAAUAUUAUAAUUGCAUCAUCAACACAGAUUAUUUGUAAACUCGAAUCAUCUCUUGUUGGAGAUACCAAACUACUUCCGAUUUCAAUUUCAGUUGAUGAUGUUUAUACUCAAACCUUUAAACCUCAUAUUUUCUGUGACAAUAGAUUCCAUUCAACCAUUCUAUUUGGUGGAGAAUAUGAAAGAGUCAGGCAAUUAAUGGUUGACAAAGUAACAAUGGAAUCAACACCAAAUGCUCCAUAUAUUGGUGCAAUAGAAUCAGCUGAAAUGUAUCAAUGUUUUAAUCAAUCAUUGAAUAUCAAAGACUACCCUAACUUUAGAUUUUGGCAGGGUGUAUCAUACAACAGUAAUAAUAACAGUUUUACAAGAAAUAAUGGUCCAUUCAAAGGAACAAUAUCUCCAUUGUAUUAUACUAAAACUAUUGAUCCAGGUGUGACACAAUCAUCAAAUAAUAUUCUAUAUAAUAUUAAUGAUGCAACUAUUUCAUCAGAGAUUGAAGAUGUAAACUAUUAUACACCAUUGAUUACAUUUUAUACAAGUGAUGCACCAUUCAUUUAUAGUAUUUGCAAUAUUACAAAUGGAACGCAAUCACUUGUUACGAUCAAUGGUAAUCAUUUUGGAAAAGACAGUUCAUAUGUAUUGGUAACGAUUCAAGGCAAACAAUGUAGAUCACCUCAGUUUAUUGGACCCGAUUUUAAACAUUUUACUUGUUUAUUAUUGGAUAGUGUUGAACCAUCUUCAAUUCUUUUAGAUUACAAUGUAACGAUAAGAGUUGCUGAAAUGGUUACAUCAAAGAUGGUAGUAGUAUCAAUUGCAGUGGUAGCAGAACCAGAAUCCGAUUCAGAAUCUCAUUCAUACAAGUCAUUUGUAAAAGCGAGAAUCCUUGACAUUGUCAUUCUAAUAGGUCUUAUAAUAAUACCAUUGGCUAUUAUAUUGUUGGUUGUCUUGGCAUUAAAGAAGAAGAAAGUCCAAGUCACCAAGAUCUUCUCAAAGAUGUUCAAGAAUAAAAAUAAGGAAGCCAAAAAAGACACCAAUGAAAUGGAAAUGUAUCCAAUACCAAAACAACAACCAACAACCAACACCCAACAAUAA